AGCAGCAGCAACAUCAACUGCAUCAGCAAUCGCUGCGGGCAAUGGCGCCCCUGGCACAUAUGUGAGAAAUGGCCAGCGCCUAUGGAGCCGCCGCCGCGUCCGUCAAUGUGUCGCCGCCGCCGUCCGCCGUUGGAUACAUGCCAACAUUAGCAGCAGCAGCAGCAUCCGCAUCCGCAGCUGCAACGGCAACAGCAACACACCAGCAGCAACAGUUGCUCAAUGGCCGGCCAAGUCCGACGGCAUCAGGAUCGGGUUCGUCGGGCGGUCGCUCCUCGGCGCAUUCAAGUGGUCACACAACCACAGCGCAUUCACCCGCCUUGGCGGCGGCUGCUGUUGCCGCUGCCGCCUAUCAGCUGUCCGCAUCCGCCUCUGCAGCCGCAUCCGCAUCUGCUUCCUCCACGUCCGCCUCUGCCGCCGCUGCCGCCUCGGCUGCCUCAAGUUGCCAAGCGGCGAGCGCGUUUGUGGCGUCAGCCAGCAUGCUGGACAUGCAACAACUGGAGGAGCAUCAGCAGCAGCAGCAACAGCAGCACCAUCAACAACACUACCUGCAACAGCAACAACAGCAGCAGCCAACUGCAGCUGCUGUCACCACAGAACACGCUGUAAUCCUGCGGCGUAACUUGAGCUCAAGUCGCGAGCAGAUGCCGUAA